AUGUGUGUUGUUACCUACAAUAAAGACGAGGGUAUUUUUGUCUUUCCACCUACAAGGACCGUUUUUGCAACCUUAUUCAAAAUAAAAGCAGGAGCUAGUGAUCUCACUCUUCCAUCUUCAAGAUUGCGGUGGUUCAUACCUCUUAGACAUCAACAAACCCUAGUGAGAGGUUUCUUUCUUGCCCUCAAUAGAUUCUUAGGAUUGAUUGAUCCUCCAAUAUGUGCAAGAUCUAUGCUGAUAAUACCCAGAUUAUUGAGAAAUAUUAACAAUGCAAACUAUCUAGUGGCAAAACUGAAGAUGUGUUUGUUUGCAAGUUGGGUACUAUUUGUGGUGGUUUAG